AUGCCUGGCGCGGCGUCGAAGAUGAAGAAGGAUGCUCCCGCCGCGAGCCAGCAGCCCAGCAGCAGGGCGAAGGUCAAUGCAAAAAAAGGCACCCCCUUUGACUCCAAGGGCAAGCCGACGAAGGGCUCCAAGAAGGAUAAGGAGACGAGCCCCGCAGAGCCUGAGAACGCGUGGGCGCAUGCGCCCCCGCACACCUGCCAGGCGUGCGUGCAGACCACCCACGAUAUCGACAGGGACAGCGACCCGUCGAACAAGUACUUCCUGCGCUGGCAUAAGACUUGGAUGAACGCCGCGGGCAUCCUCCUCCCUGGGGGCAGUGAAUGCUCGAGGUGCUUUGACACUCGCAGGCGCUACUUCGACGAGACGUUCACUUCCCUCAUGCAGAAGCGCCAGGAGAACCAGGAUUUAGACAACCACUACUACGAUCUCAGGCGCGACAGGGCGAGCGGCGGGACCAAGUUCAAGGACCAGCAGAAGAUGAAGGUCGACCAGUGGGUGAGCAAGAAGAAGGAGGAGUUCGACGAGGAUUUCAUCGAGGGGACUUGGAUGGAGCUGUACGCGUUUGCCGACCAGAGGCGCAUCCAGGGGUUCAAGAACGAGGACGAUCUCGUGGAGGUGAUUAAGUCCAAGUGGCCGCACUUCAGGGUGGCCUUCAACAAAGCUGGAAUUCUAGGGGUCGCCGAUGCUGUAUCAUUGCAUAAGUCGGAGCGCCACGCGAGCAAGGCGAUGAAUGAGGAGGCGCUUGAGAACGCGAGGCUCAAGAAGUUCGGGGACAAGGCUGCCAGGUCUGGCAAGCAGCGGAGGUCUGCUGCAGACGCCACGCUCGAGGCAGCCACUGACCUGAUCGCCGUGGCAGACGAGAAGUGGACCUUCAAGCUGCACUGGGAGAGCAAACUCAGACAGAGAGACUUCUCCGCGUUCAUGGCGAGAUUGAACACCCACGGGAGGAAAGUCGGCAACGUCGUCGGCAACAUCGAGGCCGCCGACCUCAGCAGAAAGGUCUUCGAUAUUCAGGAAGUCAUCGAGAAACGCCACGGCCUCUUCGAGCGGAUCCGCAAUGACUUCGUCAACCUUGUGAUCCACAGCUUGAGUUGUGACGACCAGGACGCCUUGAUUGAUGCCCCGUUGGAAGUUUUAGGGAUGAUCAUCACGUCGGAGAUGAGCACUGCAAUUCACAAGAUGGGCGCACUCAUGGACCAGAACUCCGACGUAUUGCGAGCAUUCGGAAUUGUGGCCGAUGCCGCUUUCAGGAAGGAUUGCUUCUCCAUCGGGCUUCUUGCCAAGGCUGGCGACUUGGCAGAGGAGUGCCAGAAAGGCCUCGUCCUCCAUCUUGCCGAGAGGAUGUGGAAGGUGACGGACGUGCACUGGGUGAUCCAAUGCGGGCAGCAGCUCUUGGAGACGCUCGGGGAGGGUGCCAUAGUGGAUGCCGACAAGAUCGACAUGAAAGGCGGGCCCAUUCAAGGCGGCUCGUGGUACCCCCAGCCGAAGGUCGACCUGUGCUGCUUGAUUCUGCUUGCGAGGUGCCUGCAAUCUGAACACUCGGCGAAGAAGCUCUCCCGCUACGAGAUCGCGAUGUGCUGUUCGAUGGUGUCGAACAAGUCCAAGUUGAGCCCGAGGUUGCGGGCGCAUUUUCGGCAGAUAUGUGGCGCCGCAGUUCAGCUUGGCCGAUCUGCUUGGGAGGCCAUGGUGAAGAUCCACGGCGAGAGGCAGGGGCAGGCCGAGAAGUGCAAGUCUCUCGACCUGAAGGAGGCCGGCGCGCUGACGGACAGGAUGGCCGCCGCUACGAGCCCCGCCAGCUGCCACGAGGUUAUUUGCGACGCCUUCAACGACAACUACAGCAUGAUCGAUGCACUGGGCGCCAUGAGUGGCGAUGGCAUCUCCGACGCGGGCGUGAGCCCGAACGCGGAGAUAGACGGCGCGGUCAGGGACAUGUUGGCACAGGUGCUCAGGUGCACCGACGUAUACCUUCAGAGCUGCAACAUCGUUGGGGCGUGCAUGGCGAAAGUGAACGAGAUCAUUCACGGCGCUCGGGGCGUUUUGCCGACUGAACCAGAUGACGACUCUGACGACCCUGGCGACGAUGCAGCGUGGCUUUUGGGCGCCAUCCAACUGGCGGGGUGUCUCAUGGUCAAGCCUCCUGACGUGCUCACCUACUUGAGCGGCAAGCUCACCAUCUUCUUGGACGUAUACAAGGCCAUCGUGGCCACGACGGGCAGAGACGCAACCAGCUUCCAGGACUCGCUAGGGGCCAUCGCCACAUGCAUUGAGAAGGAGCAGCUCAUGAAAGAUCGGACCAAGGCUGCGAGCACAACGACGCGGGGCCAUGACAACGGAAAAAUCUUAGCCACUCUCGCCGCUCAGUUCCGCGAGACGGUGAACACCAGUGAGAUCACGAUGUCUUUCAUGACCAGUGUCGUCGGCAGGGACGUCAAGCGGGCCAGAGAUGUCAUGGCGCUCAUCGACGAUGGCAAGUUGCUGCCCCCUGGUGCCAUGGAGUUGGCGAAGGGGGCUGCAACGAUGCAGCUGGUGCAAGAGGCGCGCGAGAAGCUCGCGAACGGCAAGCCCGCAGGUGGUCUCCUGGAGCUGUCCAACAUGCUUCACGACGCCCACGCCGCGCAGAUCAAGCACCCCAAGCUGUUCACCCAGAGCGCGGACUUUGACGACAUGCUCAAGACCGUUCGCGAUGAGUGGGAGAAGCUGCACAAUAACUUCAUCAUUAAGUCUAAGUCGUUCGAGGUGCUGAGCGAUUUCAUUAAGGAGAGCUCUCCCGUCAAGGAGGCGGUGCAGUUGUGGGAUUGUUCCAAGGCCCCUUGGCUCGUUUCUGAGUCGAUGGACAUGUCUGGGAUGAUGAAGAAAAUCGAUCAGCUCGUCACGCACGUGCCAUCCUGGAGGAACACGUUGGAGACCAUGAUACCCCUCUUGACCUUCACCUCGGCUCCACAUGUGGACGCGGCCAAGCAGUUCUUGCAGGUGAUUGUCGGGAGCCAGGCCGAGAUGAAAGAGGCCGUCGAGCUGGCGGCCAUCAACGUCGUCGCCAGUGCCGUCUUGAAGAGGAGCCUCGACGCAGGUGCCGUGCAUAAGGAGGCCAAGGGGGCGAAGGAUCCGGUCUCGCAGGCGGUCGGCUACGCCACAAAGUUCUUGGGUGUGCCCGUCGAGUCGUUGCCGACCGAGCUGCGCUCGAAGCUGAGCGCCCCCGAGGCCGAGGCGCCCAAGGAUGCAGCUGGCGGCCCCGAAGCAGCUCCGACAACGGCGGCAGCGGCGAGCACUACCGCAGCAGGCGGCCUCAAGAAGAAGAAGAAGCCGUCCUGA